CGUCUCUUCAUUGGGCAGAAUUUAUGGACCCUGCAGCGCCCCCAUUCCUUCUAUAAAUAAACCCUAACCCUAAAUUUGCAAUCUCCCAAACCCUUCUUCCCCAAAAUCAAUCAAUCAAUAAUGGCGAUAAUCAACUCCACAUUGCCUUUAAUACUCCUCUCUCUCACCGCCGCCGUCGUCGCCGCCGUCCCGGCGAGUCCUGCCGCCAGCUUUAUCCGGUCGUCGUGCCGCGCCACCACAUACCCCGCCGUCUGCGUGCAGUCGCUCUCCACCUACGCCGGCGCCAUCCGCGGCAGCCCCCGGCAGCUGGUGGCGACGGCUCUGUCGGUGAGCGUGGAGAGGGCGAGAGCCACGGAGGCGUUCGUCCACAGGCUGACCAAAUUCCGGGGGCUUAAGCGGCGGGAGUACGCCGCCAUUAAAGACUGCUUGGAGGAGGUGAGCGACAGCGUGGACCGGCUGAGCAAGUCGGUGGCGGAGCUGCAGAGAAUGGGCCGGGCCAGGGGCCCGGAGUACACGUGGCACCUGAGCAACCUGCAGACGUGGGUGAGCGCGGCGCUGACGGACGACAGCACCUGCGCGGACGGGUUCUCGGGUCGGGCGCUAGACGGGCGGAUAAAGAACUCGAUCCGGACCCGGAUGACUCAUGUGGGUCAGGUGACAAGCAAUGCUUUGGCACUGUGCAAUAAGUACGCCGGAAACUAUUAAUCAGACUUCACCCUUUUUUUUUUUUUUCUUUUUUUUUUCAUGUGUGUGGGUAAUAACGUUGUUCCGUAUGGUAAUGACAAUUUUGUAAGAUAUAUAUAUAUAUAUAUAUAUUUGGAGUAUAUAUGUAAUGUAAGAGAAUGUUUGUGUGAAAGGGCAGUUAUGUAAUAUUACACGAGGCAGCCGAUAUAUCCUGAUAUUUGUCCGUCCUGCCAAAUGAUUGCAGCACGGUUAUACUUA